UAUUUAGGGGAAUUAUAUGUAAAAUGAUGAUGCAGACAGAUGGGAAAAUGAUGGUAUGUAGUUCUUUUAUAUACUAUAUAUAUCUUGGUGAUAAUAAUAAUUUUUCCAACAAGCACUAGAAAAUUGAAUUAACAGAGUGAGAAUGGAGAAUAGGAUCUUCUUGGUAUUGGUUUUUGUUGGUUUGAUUGCUAAAAGAGCAUUUGCUGCUCAACAUAUUGUUGGAGGAAGCCAAGGUUGGGAAGAGUCUACAGAUUUCAAUUCAUGGGCUUCUAAUACAAAAUUUAAAGUGGGAGAUCAACUAGUUUUCAAGUACACAUCAGGGCUACAUAGUGUAGUUGAGCUUGGUAGUGAAAGUGCUUACAAGAAUUGUGAUCUUGGAACUGCAUUGGACUCCAAGAACACAGGAAAUGAUGUAGUGAAAUUGACAAAACCUGGGACUCGUUAUUUUGCUUGUGGAACAUUAGGCCAUUGCGACCAAGGCAUGAAGGUUAAGAUUACAACAGAAGCUGGAACUGCUCCUUCUACUCCUGACUCCUCUUCUUCAUCACCACCUGCAACUUCCUUGGCUUCUUCAAUUCAGUCUUUUGCUUCCUCUGUUUUUCUUGCUGCAUUUUUUGCCUGUAGCUUCAUUUACAUGUUUUGAGCAUAUGUUUAUUAAGGUUGAGUUCAAUGAUUAAUUAUAAUUCUUGCUUUAGAGAUAUAAUUUUGUUGUUAUGUAUUCAUUUGUCUUGGAUAUUUGUUAUUGAAUGAAAAUAAAGUUCAUUAGUUGUAGUUUCUA